AACCUCCCCUCACUUCCCCCACUCGGUACUUGCACUGACAUGCGUUGGCAGCUCCUGCCAGGAUCUACCUGGGGCUGGCUUCACCUCUCAGUCAGAUGUCUGUCUGCUCUUUCCCCUGCAACAUGGAGCCGUGCCAGCUGGACACACACCCCUUCCGGGGCCCCCAGCAGCCAGGACGGGAUUUCCACUGCUGUUGAGUCCCUGAGCCCCAGGUUCACAGCUCUGUCUCCACUGUUGCUGAAGGACAGCCUCUUCCAGCAAUGAGCUCCGCACUGCUCCUGACCUUCUUGGUCCUGGCUCCAGCCACAGUGGCCACUCCCAGAGCUGGAAGUCAGUGUCCCACCUGUGGGGCCCCCACCUUGGACCUGGAGAGUCAGCGGGAGCUGCUUCUGGACUUGGCCAAGAGAAGCAUCUUGAACAAGCUGCACCUCAGCCAGCGCCCAACACUGAGCCGGCCUGUGUCCAGAGCCGCUCUGAGGACUGCAUUGCAGCAUCUCCAUGGACCCCCAUGGGGGGCAAUUCCAGAGGCCAACAGGGCACAGGAAUAUGAGAUCAUCAGCUUUGCUGAGACAGGCCUCUCCAACAUCAACCAGAUUCGUCUUGAUUUCCAUUUCUCCUCUGAUAGAACCUCUGGUGGCAUGGAGAUCCAGCAGGUGAACCUCAUGUUCUUUGUGGAGCUCCCUCCCAAUAUCACCCGGACUUUGCAAGUGAGUGUCCUUAUGCCAGGCCCACAUAACACCAACCUCACCUUGGCCACCCAUAGACUGCUGGAGGUGGAUGCCAGUGGCUGGCACCAAGUCCUCCUGGGCCCUGAGGCUCAGGCUGCCUACAGCCAGGGACACCUGACCGUGGAGCUGGUGCCUGAGGGCCAGGUAGCGCAGGGCUCAGUCAUCCUGGGUGAGGCUGCCCAUAGGCCUUUUGUGGCAGCCCGGGUAAGAGUUGGGGGCAAGCACCGGGUUCACCGGCGAGGAAUCGACUGUCAGAGUGGGUCCAGGAUGUGCUGUCGUCAAGAGUUCUUUGUGGACUUCCGUGAGAUCGGCUGGCACGACUGGAUCAUCCAGCCUGAGGGCUAUGCAAUGAACUUCUGCAUAGGGCAGUGCCCCCUACAUGUGGCAGGCAUGCCUGGCAUUGCUGCCUCCUUUCACACCGCAGUGCUCAAUCUGCUCAAGGCAAACACGGCUGCAGGUACCACUGGAGGAGGCUCAUGCUGUGUGCCCACUGCCCGGCGCUCCCUGUCUCUACUCUACUAUGACAGGGACAGCAACAUUAUCAAGACUGACAUUCCUGACAUGGUGGUAGAGGCCUGUGGGUGCAGUUAGUCUAUGUGUGUGCAGGAAGCCCAAGGUGGGUUGGGAAAGCAUGCCCUCACUGAGGAGCCCUUCCUGGGGAGGAGGGAGUGACCCCACUACUGCGUCUGUCCAGAAAACAGUCUCUCUUCCUAAGCAACCCAUGGAAAUUAGCCCAUCUUUGACAUGAGCAGAUCUUGGGCUAAGCAGAAUCAUUGUACCAUCUCCAUGACCAACAGCCUCUUCAGGAAAUCUGUCCAACAAACAACCCCCCAAAAGGAAUGCCAUCAGUUUCUCUGACAAAGAUACCUUCAGUGCUCCCUCCUUAAUCUGCCCCAUAAUGCGUUCUGCCUCCCUGCCCUUUCUGCUCCAUGGCUCCUUCUCUAAGAGGAGUUGACCCAGCCCCUUCCCCCGAUCUUCUGGAUCUCCACAGAGCCCCUUCCUUGGAUUCACCAAAGAAUAUGCCCCUGUUUUCCAAAGCGAGGCUUACCCCCCCCCUCCUUACUUCUGUGUCUCGAGCCCCUUUCCUUCUCACCUGCCCAGGUGGGGUGCUAAUGCUGCUCUCUUCUGCACAAUUCCAUCCAUUCUUUGUUCUUCUCUGCCCUACUCUAUGCCCUUGAGAGCUGACCCACCCGAGCUACGUUACCUGAGCUCCUUUGCCCUCUGGCUUCCUGCUGCGUUUGACUAAGAGGAGACAAAGGCAGGAAAUUGAAAGAUAGAAGGAGACAGAGAACCGAAUAUUUCUUAAUCCUGCUCCCUCUCUGGCCCUCUGUGACUACAGCUUACAGCUCCUGUCUGGCCACCCAGCUCUGCCUAGGUUCUGAUAUCUCCACUUCAGAGCGAGGAGUCAGAAAGGCUUUUCACUCUUGCUCAUUCCUGGGUACUUCAACACCCCUUGGUUCUCUUAACCCUAUCCAUACAUCUGUAAAUAAUUAGUUCACUAAGCCCUCUUCAUGAAGCACAGAGGCAGCUUAAUAUGUCCGCUGUCUCCUACCAUGACCCUGACUGACUCCCCAGAGGACACGGAGGCUGCCUGCCCUGCCGUUCUGCUCUCUCCUCACACAGGUUCCUCAGGGCUGAAUGAUUGUGUCUUUGCCUUUCAUACUUCCUGCUCCUCCUUUCCCUGGCAGCCCCCUCUUCCUUCUUAGGCCUCCUCCACCCUCCCAGAUUCCUCUUUGCUGGUCUUGUGGCUAAUAAAAACCCGUGUUCUAUCUGCUCCUCUCCUCCCUCUGUCCUCGCUCCAAGAGAUGAAACAGAUCCCUGAUCAAUCAGCGAGGAGGCCGGCAAUCUGUGGGCAUACACGUGGCAGGAGGCAAAGGGAUGGCUCAGAGCUGGCUGCCAGGUCCUCUGACUCAUCCCCUGGUUACUGACCCCCAGUGCUCCAUCCAGGAGUCCUCCCUGGAACCUGGAACUGGCCACUGGACACCUGAGUGGGAUAGGGAGGAGAGGACAGACUGGGAUGAGGGGAGGGAGGCAUUUGCUCAGAGACUGGGUCUCUUUAGACCUUUGCCCUUGGUCUCCCACCAUCUCCUCCCUUUGGCUGAACAGCCCUGAACCAUAGGGUCAAUAUUGUCUGCAGCCCAAGGCUGAGUUUGCGCAAAACCCAUGUGCCCUUUGGGGAACGUGAUGUCUGUGUUUGCUUAGCUUACCCUAUCGGGGUAAGAGGUCCCGUCCUGGAAUAGGAAACCCAGAGGAGAAAGUCCUCUCAGAGCCUGUCAGAUGGACCCCCUGGGGGGCUCCAAAUCUGAGCUGUGGAUGGAAUACAUUCUGACAUUUUAAGUCUUCUGGUGCCUUUUCCUCCCUCCCCCUUCUGCCAGUGUCCCCCUCCCUUGCCACCCUUUCUCCAAUUACAGCUUCUUCCUUCUUCCUUCCCUCCAAUUACAGCUUCAGUCCUCAGGGCCAUGGCAAGAUUUUAAGGGGAUGCCAAAAUAUUCAGUAAUCAAGAUAAAUAAUAUUUUAAUGAGGUAUUUUAAAAAAUCAGACUGUACGCAAAAAGAAUCCGUGAUGAAACAAUAUAGCAAAAUUUAAAAUAAACCCAGAACCAGUAUUAGUUCCCUUCUUUUUUAGCUCUGCCUUUUGUAAAAAAGGGGAAAGGGUGGGUCUGUCUUCUUCCAAGACUUUUCCUUCAGAAUCCCCUAGACUCUAACCCUAGACCCCUUUGGGCUUUGCUCAUCUGGGCAAGAAAACUGCUUGGGCUUCUUCUACUUCCUUACCCACCCCUAAGCCUGUCGUUACCCCCCAGCCCCCAACCAGGUUGGUGGUAGGGCGGGCUGUUAGGCAGAUGGCUGGGGUAUUUAUAACCCCGGGAGCACUUCUUGGGAAAAGUGACUAAGAUGCUAAGAGCAUAUUUAUAGCUGCAUAUUGACGUAAGUGUCAGUGGGGAGGUAGGGCCAGGCCAGGCUCAGCAGUGAGGGGGUGGGAAGAGCUGGAAAUUGGGGGCACCUGACAGAGUGAGGGUGGGGGUAGAGGUGGGGUCAGCGACUCCCACAGCCAGUUCCUGCUGCUUCCCCUGGGUCUGUCUCUUGGCACCUACAGGUAAGCUCCCCCGAGGACCACCAUGAGCAGACACCUCCAGGCUGCAGUUGGAUGUUCCAGACCCCACGGGUAGAGAGCUGUCAGUCACCAGCCCAUACGUGGUCAGAGGGACCGGAAUGUGCUGCAGGACCUGGAGGGGAGGAUGUAAGAGUUCUCCCCACUCUCCACCACACCAUGCCCUGAGUUUCUAGGAAGAGUCUGGCACCCAUCACCAAGCUCCAUUGCCACAUGUCAGUGUGGUGACAUCCCAAACCAUAGGUAGCAGUGAUGCGGGCCUUCAGGAUAGCCUCUGCUCUCUGGCAAGGGGGACAGAGCAGAGGAACCAACUUCCGCCUGUCUCUUGGUGGGGUGGCAGGGUUCCCAGAGCAAGAGGUUGAGGCGCACUCCCCAUCUCUGCUCUCUCCAGAGCAGCACCUUCCCCGGGGAGCGCUGGUCAGCUGCGGGCCUGCUGCUGUCCAGUGGCACGGCACUGCCACAUGGUGGACACUGGCGGUACUGACGCCCAUCCCCCAAGGCACCCGCAACCCUGCUCCCUCUGGAGAGGGAGAUCACAGAUUGUCCAGUAGUCUCUCUGGCAACCCCCACUGGCUAACUAGGGGGGAGAGUCAGUGUGAAGUUAUCUGCAGAGCUUUAAAAAAAAAAACACUCAUGCCUGAUUUGGGGAGGGAGGGGGUGUAUGUAGAGCAUGUGAAUUUUUUAAAGUUCUUC